UUAUCAAUAAUAAUUUUAAGCUUUUCUUGCUCUCUUCAAAUUGCUAAAAACUUGAGCUUUUAUGGAUUUGUUCCCACUUUGCCGCUUAAAAUUUUCAUCUUGAACUUCACCUGAAUCUGAUUUCAAGUAGUUAAAGAUUUUGCAGGGGAUGCAAUGGGAACUUUAAUAGCUUUGCUUUCGAUUGUGUUAACUCUGGUUAGCCUUCAAGGGGUAACAUGCCAUGGGGAGCAGCCUCUUUCUAGGAUUGCGAUUCAUAAUGUUGUUCUUGCCAUUGACAUUCAUGCUUCUAUUAAAGCUACUCCUUCAGUUCUCGGGGUUAAUGGGCAAAAUAAAGAAUGGGUUUCUCUAGAGUAUAGUGUUUCAAAUCCCUCUGCCGAUGAUUGGAUUGGGGUAUUUUCUCCUGGCAAUUUCAGUGCAUCUAGUUGCUCCCCUGAAAAUCCCAGAACAUUUCCACCAUUUCUGUGUACAUCACCUAUAAAGUAUCAAUAUGCCAGUUACUCUAAUCCUCACUACAAAGACACUGGGAAGGGAUCACUGAAGCUUCAAUUGACUAACCAGAGAUCAGACUUUUCUUUUUCCUUGUUUUCUGGUGGACUCUUCAGUCCAAAGCUGGUGGCUGUAUCAAACAUAGUUGCCUUUGCAAAUCCAAAUGCACCAGUAUAUCCACGUUUAGCACAAGGAAAGACAUGGAAUGAAAUGGCUGUGACAUGGACAAGUGGAUAUGGAAUCAAUGAAGCAGAGCCUUUCGUGGAAUGGGGUCCAAAGGGAGGACAACAGGGACAUAGUCCAGCAGGGACAUUGACAUUUGACCGUAGCAGCAUGUGUGGUGCACCGGCUCGAACUGUUGGAUGGCGUGAUCCCGGAUUCAUCCACACCAGUUUCCUAAAAGAAUUAUGGCCGAACACAAUGUAUACCUACAAGCUUGGUCAUAGAUUCUUAAAUGGCACGUAUAUGUGGAAUCAGAUGCGUCAAUUUAAAUCAUCUCCUUAUCCUGGUCAAAACUCUGUACAACGUGUUGUCAUUUUUGGGGACAUGGGAAAGGAUGAAGCUGAUGGCUCCAAUGAAUAUAAUCAGUUCCAACCUGGCGCUCUUAACACUACCAAUCAGCUUAUUAAUGAUUUAGAGAACAUUGACAUUGUAUUCCACAUUGGUGAUAUCUGUUAUGCCAACGGCUACAUUUCACAGUGGGAUCAGUUUACUUCUCAGAUUGAGCCAAUUGCUUCAACUAUACCUUAUAUGCUUGCUAGUGGCAACCAUGAGCGUGACUGGCCUGGUACAGGGUCAUUUUAUGGGAAUAUGGAUUCAGGUGGAGAAUGUGGUGUUUUAGUUCAGAAUAUGUUUUAUGUUCCCACAGUAAACAGGGAUAAGUUCUGGUAUUCUACCGACUAUGGUAUGUUCCGGUUCUGCAUAGCUGAUACAGAACACGACUGGAGGCAGGGAACCGAGCAAUAUAACUUUAUUGAACACUGUCUGGCAUCUGUAGACAGACAAAAACAACCGUGGCUGAUCUUCCUAGCUCAUCGGGUACUGGGAUAUUCUUCAGAUGCUUCAUAUGCUGAUGAAGGAUCUUUUGCAGAACCUAUGGGUAGGGAAAGCCUUCAAAAACUCUGGCAGAAGUAUAAAGUUGAUAUAGCUAUAUUCGGCCAUGUUCAUAACUAUGAAAGGACGUGUCCCAUUUACCAGAAUAUUUGUACAAACAACGAGAAACACUUGUAUAAAGGUGCCUUGAAUGGAACUAUACACGUAGCUGCUGGAGGGGCUGGAGCAAGCCUUUCAGAAUUUACCCCUAUCCAAACUAAAUGGAGUAUCUUCAGGGAUUAUGACCAUGGCUUUGUGAAGUUAACAGCAUUUGAUCAUUCAAAUCUGUUGUUCGAGUACAAAAAGAGCAGAGAUGGUAAAGUCUACGACUCGUUCAGGAUAUCUCGAGAUUAUAGAGACAUACUGGCCUGCACAGUUGACAGCUGCCCAAGCAUGACCCUUGCAUCUUGAUCAAUUUAGGUAAAUGCAUAAUUCAGUUCAAUUCUGACAUGCUAUACAGUCCAAUAUAUUUGUAAUCUUCAAAUCUACGAUCUCAAAAAGUAAAAAGGGUCAACACUUAUUUCUGCAAAUAUGAUAUGAAACCAUCUGGCUU